UAAAGCUAGGGGAGGGGCAGGAAUGUCUGAGGUGGUAACACUUCUCUCCAGUCAGGCAGCCCUGGCCAGUCUGGAGUCUGUCCACCCUGCAGACCACAGGCUCUGGAUAAAGUACGUGAGGCACGAGACUAGCCCCAGGCCAUUUAGCCCAAAAGAGAUACGAUUCCCGACCUCCAGGCCAGUUCUUCCUGCAAACCUAAUGGUUGAUAUUAAUGAAAAGAUAAAAAUUUACCUCUUUGGGGCCUUGGGGCUGGGAGGGCUCCUGCUGUUUGCUGUGGUCAUCCUGUCCACCUGCCUAUGUCGGCUCCAUCGCAGAGUGAAGAGGCUGGAGAGGAGCUGGGCCCAGCUCCCAGAGCAAGAGCUCCAUUAUGCAUCUCUGCAGAGGCUGCCAGUGAGCAGCAGCAAGGGACCUGACCUCCAGGACAGACAAGAGGAAGGCACCAAAACGGACCCCAGUGGCGAUUAUGCCUCUAUUGCCAAUUAAAAACCCACCUGAGUGCCCCAGAUGCCUCCCUUGACCCAGGCUGACGGUCAGGGUCAUCCUGUUGUUCACCCAGUAAAGACUGUGGCCACUGCA